AUGACCGACAUUCUGGGGAAUCGUGUCUAGCACUCAGCAAGCACACACACACACUAUUCGGAACUAAUUCCGGCUACUGUUCAAGACGGAGAUAACGGGCACCUUGACCGCAUCCCAUCUAAGACGGCUUCACUUCCUUGCGGAGGUAGUCCGCGACGACGUCAUUCGCCGACACCGGUUCAUUAUGUAAUCAUCAUCUUCAACCAUCCGGCCAAUCAGAUACGACACCUUUUGUGCCUCGGAUGCUGCUCGGGACAGCUCCUGGCGGGGAAGACGCCCCGUGCCCGGGCUUCAAGACCAUGUUCCCGCCAUCAUGGCGGCACAAUUUCUCCCCAACCCACCGUGAGGAAGAGUCAAUUGAUCAGUAGUAACCAGAAUGUAUCGCAACGCCUUGAGAACAUGCGCGACACGAUGCGCCGCAAAGCGCACUUUGCCCGCCACGAGAACCUUCGCCUCCGCCUCUGACCCGGUCUUCAACUGGGAGGAUCCCUUGAACGCAAAGAACCUCUUGACUGAGGAGGAAAUCGCCAUUUCUGAGACGGCCGAGCGAUACUGCCAGGAGCGCAUGCUGCCGCGUGUCCUUCAGGCCUACCGCGACGAGCAAUAUGACCAGAAGAUCCUCGAGGAGAUGGGCGAACUGGGGCUCCUCGGAGCAACAAUCGAGGGCUAUGGAUGUGCUGGUGUCUCCACCGUUGCCGGAGGACUCAUCACAAAGGCCGUUGAGAGAGUCGACAGUGGCUACCGUUCUGGCAUGUCCGUCCAGUCGUCGCUGGUCAUGGGUGGCAUCGCGGAGUUCGGUACCGAGGAGCAAAAGGAGAGAUUCCUGCCAAAGAUGGCCACGGGAAAGAUGCUCGGCGCGUUUGGUUUGACAGAGCCCAACCACGGCAGCGACCCCGGCUCCAUGGAGACGACGGCCAAGCCUCACCCGACCAAGGAGGGCUACUACUCUCUUUCUGGUGCCAAGACGUGGAUCACAAACUCGCCCAUUGCCGAUGUUUUGAUGGUCUGGGCGAAGCUGCAAGAAACGGGCAAGAUCAGAGGGUUCCUAGUUGAACGGUCUCAAUGCCCGCCCGGUACUCUCGAGACGCCAGCCAUCAAGAACAAGAACGGCCUGCGAGCCUCCAUUACGGGCAUGAUCCAGCUCGACGAUGUCCCCGUCCCUAAGGAAAACAUGUUCCCCUCCGUCGAAGGACUGCGAGGUCCCUUCUCGUGCCUCAACAGCGCGAGAUACGGUAUCUCCCUAGGCGUCAUUGGUGCCCUUGAGGACUGCAUUGCCCGCGCUAGGACAUAUUCACUUGAGCGAAAGCAGUUCAAGGGAAACCCCAUCGCCAAGUACCAGCUCGUGCAGAAGAAGCUGGCCGACGCUGCAACGGACGCGGCAUACGGUACCGUUGCCGCGAUCCAGGUCGGCAGACUCAAGGACGAGGGCAAAGCGACGCCCGAGAUGAUUAGCAUGGUCAAGCGCCAGAACUGCGAUCGGGCCCUGCAGAAUGCGCGCGUGCUGCAAGAGAUCUUUGGUGGCAAUGCCGUCAGUGACGAGUAUGGUAUUGGGCGUCACGUCGCCAACCUUUUCGUAACGCAGACGUACGAGGGACAGAGUGAUAUUCACAGUCUCAUUCUGGGUCGUGCCAUCACUGGUAUCCAAGCAUUCGUGUAAUAAUGUGAAAUGUGAAGAUGUGGUCUUGUAUA